CAAGGGUGGAGAGUGGGCAUGUUGGGGGCCCCGGCAAAUUUAACAACAUGUGCAUCUGGAAACAGUCGUACAUGCUGGAGAAAAACUAUGCCAGCCUCUGGCAGGCGAGCAGAUUUUGAUGUGUAUUUGGAUGUCGACUUGCUGCAGAAUUGCAAAGAAGGCAAAUCACCACGGCUGAGGACCUGGCAGAAGCACGUCAGGCAGUUUCAGUUGACCAGCUGGUGCCAUAUUUACAGCUGCCCAUUCCGACAGCGAGAGCCUGCAUUUGUCAGUGACGUGGGGGCCACUGGUCGGUGCCCCUCAGAGCAGUCUGGUCCUGCAGGGGUUAAUGUCUGCCCCUUUGCACAGUGUUUAUCAGUUGUCAGGACUGGGAUUGACCUUUACUCUCACACAGCAGACAGGGAAGAGCUGCAGCUGUCCUUCCCAUACCCAGGCUCACCAUGGGGCUCCUGGACUAUGUGGUCUCCUUCCUCCCCGGGGUGCCCUGGAACCUGUUGGGCAGUGUGGACUCCUUCCUACAAGGUCUGGUCGGGGCCUGCGCUGUGUCCGUUCUGUACAACUUCAUGAAGGUUCAUCUGUACAUCAGGUGUCUGAAUGACCCCGAGAAACAGAAGAAGGCGACACAGCUCAGCUCCCCGGCUCGGUUUCGUGACCUCCUCCAUCUCCUGCUCCUCACGUUCAUUUACUCCCUGCUGGGGCCCCGGGUGGGGGCUCUGGUGGUUUUGGAGUUCUCCCUACGUGCAGUCUCCAUGAUAUUGUCUCUACAGAAGGGCAUCCACAGUUCCCAGCUGUUCCUCCUCUGCCAGUUCUCAUUGGGAUGCGGGGUUACUUGCAGCCUGGAUUACCUGCAUGAAGGGGCCCCUCACCGAACAUGGAACCUUCUACUGGCGGUGGGCCUAUCGGGGCUGAUUGUGUGGCAGACAAGCAGGAUGUGCCGACAUGUGGCAGUUAUGUACCAGCUGCACAGCAGCAAACGUUACUGUGGGGUUUGCCUGUCUUUGGUGGCCUGCUGGCACGACAUCCCUACUGGGCUGUGCCGGGCACUGAAAGUGGCAUUCUUCGUAUCGGAUCUGGCAGCAGUGGCCGUAAUUAACCGGGAUUUCCUCAGCACGGCAGAGGCUGUGAGAUUUUGGACGCCACUGACCAUCUGCUACACACUGCUGGUGAUCUAUAUGCAAGAGGAGCAGCACCAGAACCCCACGGAGCAGAUGGCAUAUCAGACAGUGUUUGUUCGCAUGGGAGGCCUCCUGAUCCUGAUGAUGACGGUGGGGAGAUGGUCAGACAUUUUACACAUCUUCAUCUCGCUAGUCGGAGAGCUGUGGUGCCUGGUCCAUGCCGGGGUCAUGCUGGACAUCUGCAGAGAGGAGGAUUAUUCAGCCAGAAUUUCGACCUCCAGAAAGAGUCCAACGACUAGAAAACCUAAGACAGAGACCGCCCUGGAGGGAUGAGACGGAUCAUAUCCUGGAAUUUCUUAUAAUGACUGUUUAUGAAAGCACCAUUACCG